AGCCAGUCUGGCUCAAGAGAGGCCCACUCACGCGCAGCUCACCCGCCGAACGUAGAGUCAUUGCGGAGGGGAUGUCCGCCGCAGCAAGGAAGUCCAUGAUGGCCGGAGAGUGCAAGGAUCACCCGACCCAUUUGCAGGCACGUGCAAACAAAUUCUUCAACGAGGCUAUGGGGAUGUGGUCGGGGCUGGUGUCGACCGCGCUGCUUACUUUCGUACUGUUCUCCAGCUUCGACUUCUCAUUCCUCUUGACGCUGUCGUCGCUGGUCAGCACGGCCAGCUUCGUCAUGAUGAUAAUCGUCAUCGUCCGCCGCCAGUCUGUGGCGGGGGUCUCCCGGAAGAUGAUGGAAUGCUACAUGGUGGUGUUCUUGAGCAGGUUGGUGGCCAUCCUGCCUUUCGAGGGCUAUCUUCCCUUCGAUAAGUCGGGCGAUUGGCUGUACCAGAGCUGCGAAGGGUUCGGGUUUCUCGGCGCCGCCUUCAUAUGCUACUGCUGUCGGCGCUCGUACGCCAGCACCUACAACGCGAGCGUUGACGGCAUCAACCACCUGUGGCUGCUGGCCCCGACUCUGGGAGUCGCGUGCGUUCUGCACACCAACUUGGACGAUUACCUCCCCUGCGACAUCGCGUGGGCAUUCGCUUUGUACCUGGAGGCCGUCACGGUAUUGCCGCAGCUUUUCAUGUUCAUGGAGGAGAAGAGCACGCAGCCACACACCUCUCAUUUCCUGGCGGCGCAGGCCUUGGCAAAGUUGAUGUCGUUUGCGUUCUGGGCAUCCUCCUUCUCUGAGCUGGCGCACGAGGAUCAUCCUAUCAAUCAGUACGCCGGCCACUGGGUGGUCGUGGUGCAGCUGAUUCAGCUGGUGAUCAUGGGAGACUUCGUCUAUCAUUACGUCCGCUGCGUCAGGAAGGGCAUCCCCGUGUCGGAGAUGAUGCACUUUGUGGACGCCGUCUGAGAGGUGCUGGGGGCCCGUGGUGCUGCCGUGGACGCCGAACUGCCACGAUUUUCCAUAGCUCCAGUCGGCGCGACCGCCCCGCUUGCAUGAGGGCCGGCUAAGACAACGGCGGCUUCCCCCCCAGCCCAACUCCCUGACUCCAGAUCCGCCCUACUUUGGCUUUUUUCCCACUUGCAAUUGCGUCGGAAAUCCACCUAUAAGAGGCCGAACAAGGGGGGCGGACAUUCCUGCGCCCAACACCAAAAUGGGGCGGAAGUACACGGAAGUAGGGCGGAAGCAGCAGCAGAAAAGCAGGGCGGAAACCGGCAUCAGCGGGGCCCGACAAGGAAGGCGGAGAUUCCAAGCCCCACUUACGAAUUUUCC